AUGACAGAAGAGGAAAAGAAACGUCUACAAGUAUUGGAAAGAGAUGCCGAAACUGCUUAUCCAUUUUUAGCAUCAGAUGAAAAAUCCUCAACUUUUAAAACUGCUGAAGAUCUUGAAAGUGGCAUCAAUCCACUUGUUUCCAUUGCAACUACUAAUGAAUCACAACAAAAACUAGAUAAUGUGAGUAGUAUCAGCACCACUACCAAUGAGAAACCAAAACCUAAACCUAAACCAUGGGUACAUUUUGUUGCUGGAGGUAUUGGUGGUACCGUUGGUGCUGUAGUGACAUGUCCAUUAGAUGUUGUCAAGACAAGAUUACAAUCAGAUGUGUAUCAUUCAAUGUAUAACAAGAUUCCUAAAUCGGGAAAUCCUAUAAUUCAAGCAUGGCAACAUUUAAGUGAAACUGGAUCAGUAUUAAGAGGAAUGUAUAUUAAUGAAGGUGCAUCAUCAUUAUUCAAAGGAUUAGGACCAAAUUUAGUUGGUGUGAUACCGGCAAGAUCAAUAAAUUUUUUCACUUAUGGUGCUACAAAAGAAUUUUUACUUGGGAAUUUUUCGCCAACAAAUAGCAUUCAAGGUCCAAGACAAGAAGAAACUUGGAUACAUUUAGUAUCAGGGAUAAAUGCUGGAUUUGUAACGUCAACGGCAACAAAUCCAAUUUGGUUAAUUAAAACAAGAUUACAAUUGGAUAAAUCAAAAGGGAAAAAUUAUAAAAAUUCUUGGGAUUGUUUUAAACAUAUAAUUAAACAUGAAGGUUUCACUAGUUUAUAUCGUGGAUUGAGUGCUUCUUAUUUAGGUGGGAUUGAAUCUACUAUUCAAUGGGUAUUAUAUGAACAAAUGAGAAUGUUUAUUAAUAAACGAUCAUUACAAAUCCAUGGUAAUGAUCCAUCUAAUAAAACAACUAAAGAUCAUAUACUAGAAUGGUCAGCAAGAUCGGGUGCUGCUGGUUUAGCCAAAUUUAUGGCAUCUUUAAUCACUUAUCCUCAUGAAGUGGUAAGAACAAGAUUAAGACAAGCACCUUUAGAAUCCACUGGUAAACCAAAAUAUACUGGAUUGAUUCAAUGCUUUAAAUUGGUUAUUAAAGAAGAAGGAUUUGGUAGUAUGUAUGGUGGAUUAACUCCUCAUUUAUUAAGAACUGUACCUAAUUCUAUAAUUAUGUUUGGAACUUGGGAAUUGGUGGUAAGAUUAUUAUCUGAAUGGUAA